UUUUCUAUUUUUCUAUUUUUAUUUAUUGUUUUUGUAUAGACUCCUUUUACGAAGCUUACGUAGCCUCCUUAGGAGUGUUUAUUUUGCAUAAUUUUAAAAAUAUUUACAAUGAUAGUUUUGUUUCGGACAGAUAAAGAGGUUCGUAGUUUUGCUUGCUAUGUUUUAUGAGGUUUGGCGGGAAAGUCGUUAUGCUUAAGAUUGUGAGAGACAGAGACAAGAUAGGGUUGUGGUAUGGUUUUGUCCUUUACAUAUUUUUCUCUGUGACUUACUAAACAUGGAGAAGUAAUUAAUUCAUUGAUAAUCUUAAUUUAAGGUAUAAUCGAAUUGAAAUUGUAAAGUAGACUUUUCACGUUAUUGGUGGACAAUGUAAUGAUGCCUUGAAUAAGUUAAACAAAAUGAAUGAGAUGGUAUUCACUUUUUUAAGAACAUUGUUUUAAAAUAUUUUUUCAAAAGAAAGAAUGCAAUCUCUUUUCGCUUUUUAUUUUUUUGGCAAAAUAAACGGCUAUUCUAUUACUCAAACUUGAGGUGGUAUGUGUGACGAGACCAGAAUAGAACAACCAAUAAAACAAAGAAAUCUAUGAAAAGAACGGGCAAUCUCUUUUCGUUCUUAUUGAUCUUAAAUGGGUAUAUAUAUUAUAUUACAUGCCCUAAGUACAUAUAUAGAUUUAGGAAUAUUAAUGUCUAGAUUUAAGAAAUAUAACAAUUCUACAACACAUGGUAGGGUAAAAAGUUCAAGUCCAGAUUUGUUCUAAUUUAUGAAUGUUCUUACAUAGAUAUUCUUUUUCUUUUGAGAAAGGGUUUGAUCUUACUUAGAUAUUCGUCUAGAUCACUUGCAGAAAAAGUUGGUUCAACCAUCAUUUCGGGUUUGAAUUCCAAUUUUGUUAACAAUGAAAUCAUAGUUCUAGGGAUAUUUGAUAACUAGAAUCACAAAGUCAAGUACAGAGAAAAUUUGAAGACUAUAUAAUGUUUGCUGGAUAUCUUUAGACAUAAUAUUAACUAAAGUUUUGGUUGCUUACUGGAAAUGUAUGGCGCUUGUUUUUGUGUUUUCGUUUCAAAUUUUUGGUACAUAAUUUGUAUUUUGAAUCAGAAUUGUUAGAAACUAAGGACUUAAGGUCCCAAGGGUUUAUGAAACUAAUAAAUAUAAAAGCUUUUAAAAUGUUAAAAGUAGUAUAAGUAUCAAAUAAAUUUGUGAAUAAAACUAAACGUAUAUAUAUAUAUAUAUAUAUAUAUAUAUAUUUUUUUUUUUGUAAGCUAACUGGACGUAUAUGCAUGGGGAUUAUCAAGUAAAGCCUACAAGAUUUAGCCGUAAGGGUAAGCUUUACUUUCACUAGCUAUCAAUAAAGGUACUAAUAAGAUCUGUCAAGCCACUAUACUUAAGGAUUAGAUUAAUGAUAAUGAUGUUAAAAAUUCUAAUGACGUUGGCAUCUUGUUUUUUUGGGUUUAGUCCAUGAUCUUGGAUUUACAGAUAUAAUUUUGAAAACAAAAAAUAAAAUGUAGGCAUUGUUUCCAGAAAAGCAAGAUUUCAUAAUGCUGUUCUUAGUGAAAAAGGGAUAACGACAAACCAACAUGUUAUGUUAGUAAUAAGUCAGUAUUCAUGAAUAUAUCUUGGAUAUUAUUUUACACCAAUAGUUCUGUAGUUUGAUUUAAAGGAAAAAGACAGUAUAGGUAUUCAACCUUUAUAUUGUGUAUUAUAUAUAUAUAUAUAUAUUUGAAAAUAGUAUACUAAGAAUAAAGCUCUUAUUCUUACUAGUUCAUGCACCAUUUUAUAUCUUGUUUUCUUUUGGGUUUUAUUUCUCCCAAUUAAAACAUGCAAAGUCAAAGUUGACUAAGACCCAAAAAAGCUAAUAAACUCACAAGUUUUUUGACUAAAACAAUUCCACAACUUUUUACUUAUGUUUUCUAAUGGCAAAGAAGCAACUGUAGUCUGUUCGUAGUCAAGCAGGUUAAGAAACAACUGUAGUCUAGUCAUUGCAAUUUCUUCCAUAACAGUAAAAGAUAAUAACUAGUAAGCUUAUUAGCUGUAAUUCCUUUUUAAAUAUAUUUUUCGGGAAAUAAUAUAUAUGUAUAUCUCUACACGGAAACAAAUAUAUGCAUUACAUAUUAGUUGUAUACAAUUAUGUAUUUAGACCAUUGCCAUUUAAGAAAAAAAAGAUGAUGACUAGAGAAACAAAAAAUAACAUCUAAAAUGGAUUUAAAUGUGGUAUAUAUUAUGUAAGCACAUAUGUAUAUACAGUAGAAACUCUAUAAAUUAAUACUCGAUAAAUUAAUAAACACAUAAAUUAAUAAAUUUCUCUAGUUUCGAGUUAGGCCAGUUCAAAAUAUGACACAAAUCCGAUAAAAUAAUAAGAUAAUAAUAUUUUAGAAAAUCCUAUGUAAAUAUAUAGUUUCAUUAAAAUCAUAAAUUAAUAAUUUUUGUACAUAUGCAUUUUAUAUAAUUACAAACAAACAACUGUAUUAUUUGCUCAUUUUCACAGUAGAAUUAUCUCUAUAUUUUUGACACUUCAAUAUAUUUUUCUAGUAUUUAAAAUUAUAUCUAAACAACAUUUAAGAACUUAUUUUAUAUACACCAAAUAGUACAAUAAAAAUAAUUUGAAAGUCGAAUUUCAAAAUUUUAAUUAAUGUAUUUUGUUUAUUUUAUUAAAAAUAUAUUCCAAAAUAAAAAAAAAUCUAUAAAAAUUUUUUUUAGUAAAUUAAUAACUCUAUAAAUUAAUAAAAUAUCAUAGUCCUAACAUUAUUAUUUAUAGAGUUUUUACUGUAUACACCUAUUCCAAUGAGUGUAAAUACUAAAUACGGAGUUGUAAAAAUUAUUUCCAUACGUGUUUCACAGGAAGGUAGAAUGAGUAAAAUCAACAUAAUGAAAGAAAUAACCAUAACUUCUAGGAUAUGAAUUCAAAGUCUAGUUCUGGUUUUACUUUAAAUUCAACACAAAGGAGAUUUUAUACCAUAAUUGUUAACGUGCAAUAAAGUUAUCUUCUCGAUAAAUAGCGUCCUCAUUCUGCGAAUCUAUAGCACAAAGAGAUAAAACAUCACUUCUCAAUCACAAAAAAAUAUAGAAAAAUAUUUUGUUAAGGAGAACCAACAAGUUAUGUCUUCUUCAAGCUCGUCCGUGUUCCAACCCAAAACAUGCAAUGAGAUCAUCGUGGCCGUGGAGGAGUCCAUGGAGAAGGCAGCGGAGAGCCAAGUUGUGUCUUCUGCCAGCUCUUCCGCCACCCAACCUGAGAAAUGCAAUGACCUCACCGUGGCCGUGGAGGAGUCCAUGGAGAAGGCAACGGAGAACCAAGCUGUGUCUUCUGACGGCUCUUCCGCGGCGCCCCAGCCAGAAAAAACCAAUGACGUUACCAUGGCCGUGGAGGAGGCCAAGGAGAUGGCAGCAGAGAACCAAGUUGUGUCUUCUGCAGGCUCUUCCGCCGCGCCCCAACCCAAUGACAUUAUCGUGGCUGUGGAGGGGGACAAGGAGGUGGCAACGGAGAACCAAAUUGUGCCUUAUACAGGCUCUCCCGCGCCCCAGGCUGAGCAAUGCACUGACAUUGUUAUCGUGGCAACGGAGAACAACAAUCCGGGAACUGAAAACCCAAGUCUCAUGGGAUCUGGUGCUGUCCCAACAGGAAGCCAGAUCCUGCAGCUUUACCCACCAAGAUCUAAUAAGAUCUUCUCUUGUCCCACUUGCAAAAAAGGGUUCCCAUCAAGUCAAGCCCUAGGCGGCCACCAGAACGCGCACAAGCAGGAGCGAGAGUGGGAAAAGAAGAGGAAGAAUAUGGAACAAGAGUACCCCGGUUUCGCCUUUUUGAACCCUAAUAUAGACAAUCCUCUUAUGUUUUUCUUAGGUGGCUACUCGGAAGAUGCUUUAACACACGAGAAUCAUCUUGGGAUCCCUCUUGACGAUGCUUUCAAACGCAGAUUUGCCCGUAAUCACCCAUCCGUCAACAACGGAUCCUCGGACAUGAACAUUACCGCGGUUCCUCGCGUGGCUCCUACUGGCUUCUUCGCAGGGAACACUCCCACCACCAACGGUUCUUCUUCAGGAGGACUUGGGCCCCCUUACAACAGCUAUCCCCCGAUGCUCCCUAGGAACUUUCCUCCUUUCCCUCCUCCUCAGACCAACAAUCUUCCUAGUGGUUUGUAUCCGCAACAAGAGAAUGUAUUGAACGAGGUGAAUUUCAUCUCAGAGAUAGGAAAGGGUAAAAAUAUUAUUGAGAUUGAUGAUGAUGAUGAUGAUGAUGCUGAUGCUGGUGCUGAUGAUGGGCCUAUAGCAGGGACAUCCAAGAGCUGGGGGGCUGAUUUAUCUCUUUGACUAUUGUUUAGUCCUAUGACUUGUUUAGUUUUCUAUUAGAGACCUCUCUCUCUGAAGAUUGCUUUUUCAUUUUAAUUUUCUUGCAUUUCGUUUAGAUGUUCCUUUGUCUGUACGAAGCAUGUCUUCUUCUGGACGAUUUGCUUCUUUUUAUGAAUAAAUGGUUCCUCUUUUUUUCUCUUUUCUUGCCAUCUAUAUAUCAUGAGUUUUUUAAUCAUUUUGGUAAAGGUCAAAAAUCCAUGGUUGUAGGGAGGUAAUUUUUACCAAAGUUACGUGUCUUGUUUUUCAAACCUUUCGAUUCAGAACUAUGGCUACCUAUAUCUGGUUUACAUAUACUUAGAUUUCUUGAUUAUGUAUUUAUGUCAGUCGAGUUAUCAGUAUUAGUAUUGGAGAACAAGUAAAAAAAAAUGAGUUCCAGGAUGAGUGUAUAUAUAUUACAUGUUACGCACCAUAUAGUGCCAUAGAAAAAUCUCUUCAUUAUGAAAAGAAAAUGACUUGCAUCAAAUGAAUUAUAUUCGACAUGCAUUAUUAACUAUUAAGACGUAACUAAACAUUCGUUUUGGAUCUUGAGGAUAUAGAGUUUUGUAUGCAUAAUGUUUAUGUCUAAACUCAACAUAAACUUAAAGUCUCGAGAUUGAAUAUUGAUGAAUACAUGAGAACACACCAGAGCAAGAUUGUUAAAAACUGUCGUUUUGGCAUGCAUCAAAUUAAUUCAUACAUAAAAAAGAGAGCAUAAAAUCAUGCAAACUUAGUCUUUGUUUUGGGGUAUUUAUAAAAGGUUACGUUGGACACUUGGACGGUAUGAAAAGGUUAAUUCUAAAAUCAAAAGUACGUUUAACAAAGUCCACAAAUAUAUUCAUUUACAGUGAAACGCUAAACAUUAUUGGUCAAAAAACAUUUUAAAUAUUUUGAAAAGUAAUUUUUUAACCUUAAGCCUAUGGAGAGAUCCGGAUUAAUCCCUAAAAUUGUGGUGCGGCCCACUGAUGAAAUUUCAGUUCGGAUAUUCAAAUGAGAUCGCAAAAUAGGUCCAUAUCCGCGUAGUUAGUUAUAAUGUGAAAUGUAUUGAGCGUGUAUUCGAACCCGGGUUGUUUAGCAACCCAAAAUCAGCCUACCACUAAACCAAUGUCUUGUGGUUUUGAAAAGUUAUUUGAAGAGCUGAUCGAUAACAACCUUUUUGUUUAUGAUAAGAUAUGCCCAAAACGAUUCAAAGAGAAAAGUGAUGGUUUGGAAAUAAUGACUACAUUACUUCAACAAAUAAAUUAUAAUAUUUAAUUUAGCGAAUGAAACAUAUAAUUCUGUUUUAGCGAAUGGAAAACAUAUGUUUAUCAUCGCUCCUAAAACAAAUUGGGUAUAUAAGCCAAUGCUCAUUAUUCUCAUCGGUAGUUCUGUUAGCAAAAAAUCCCUAUUUUUUAAUUUUAAUUGAAAACAUCAAUGUAAGUUUCAAAACAAUAAACCAGUAGUAGUUCACUGAUUUCAGAAAUAUAACUGUUAGUGUUGGAUUUCAUACAUAAAAUAAAACAAAUGGAAUCCAUUGAAGCAUAGGCUGAAGGUCAAUCGAGCUGGCUAUUGUCAGAAAAGCAUUCAUGAAGCCAUCUUUGAUAUAUCCCUUUGGAGAUUCCCAUGUUAAUUUUAAUAGUGAUGUCAAUCUCAGUGUACCAGUAAAAUAUAUACUAUCUUCUUUAUAGCUUAUAUGCUCAUUGUUGAGAACAUCAUAGAACAUAUUAUUCAGUGAAAAAAGAAUAUUGGAAAAAGUAUUUGAAAUAAAAAGAUUUUAGUGCUACUAAAAAAACUGAGAUAAAAACUGACAUGUCAAAUGCCGACCAGUUUAUAGAGAUACAUAGAGACAAUUUUAGACUUUUUGACAUGUCAAAUGCCGACCAGUUUAUAGAUAUAUGACAAAGUUGAUUAUGUUAAUGCAUUUGGAUGAAUGAUGUACGCCAUGGUGUGCACUAAAAUAAGUUAUGGAAGAAGCCAUUGAUUUUUAUAAGUUCUAACCUAUGGUAACUGCGUUCUAUAAAUUUGGAUGAUACAUAUAACUUAAAUAUAUUACAUGAAAUCAACAUGUGUUGGGAUACCAUAAGGUUAUUUAAAAUGUAAAACCACUAUUUGAAAAUGAAAGAGCCGUGUUAGUUUUAGACUCCAGUCUUCUGAAAUUAAUUGGUUUGGUUUGAUAUAGUAUAUACAUAUAGUUAAAUCUAUAUGCACACGAUCUUUGCAUAUAUUUAUUGUUAUACUCAUUUUUCAGAAAUGUAAUAGAUUGUACGGAUUAUGGUUAUAAUCAACCAUAAUCCGUUAGUGUUUAUUUUAAAUCAAAAAUUGUAAGUAAUAGAUUUUAAUUAAACCUAAAUAGUUAAAACGUUAUAACUUUUUUGAUAGUCCAAAAAACAGUCGAUAAAAGAGGACUCUGUUUAAAUAGAAUAAACUAGAUUUUGAUCCGUCCGUCCAUAUGGGUGUAUUUAAAAAAAAAUGUGAUGCUAUUUGUGUUUAUGUCACUAUUUAGGGUUGGACAAAAAACUCGAAUUCGAAGAACCGCACCGAACCGAUCCCAAUCCGAGUAAGUAGUACAAAAUUUGAGCCGAAAUUGAUUAAAUAUCUGAAUUAUUCAAAAUUUUGGUAUUUGAAUAACUAAACCUAAUCCAAUCCGAACCGAAGUAUUUUGGGUAUCCAAAAUAGAUUUAUAUACUUAUGUAUAUUAAUUAUUUUCAGAUUUAAUAUAUAUAUAUAUAUAUAUAUAUCCAGAAUAUAUAUGAUACUUUUAAGUUCGUUUAUACUUGAAAAUAUAUACAAAUAAUCAAACAUAAAUAUCUAAAAUAGUUAAAAUAUACUCAAAACUCCAAAAAUACUUAAAUAAUUAUUAAUUAUAUAUCCAAAUAUUUAAACCAAACCAAUUUACAUGUUAAGUUAGGUACUCUAACAUAUGUUAUUCAAAUUUAUAUGUAAUAUAUUAUAUUUUUGUAGUUUUUUUUAAAAUUAAAGCAUAUAAUAAAUUUAAAUUUUUU